AUGCUUGGUAAUUAUGUAACAGAACAUUAAAAAAAAUUGUACGAUUAAGUAUGGACAUAUUUUAAUGCUGCUAAAUUGUUUGAGGAUAUUAUAAAUUUAUUAUUUAAUCCUAAAAAUAAAUAGGAUUUAUUAAUUAAAUGUACAUCAAAUUUUAGAAAUAAUAAUAUGAUUGAAGUAUUCACAUUACAUCCAGAUUUUUAAUUAAAAGAAAAAGUGUAUUAAUAAAAUGAAAAUAAUUUUAAUUUUACAGUUGAAGAAAAGAUUCAUUUAAAAUGGGAUAUAGAUUAAAUUAAAAAAUUUGUUUAAAAGAAAACAAUAAAAUAAUUGUCAUUUUUUAAUAAAGUAUCAAAUAAGAUAUUACCCUCAUUUAAUGAAAAACCAGCUUCGAUGAUGGAUGUCAUUAGAGUAGCAAUUCAGAAUGCAGAAAUCAUAAAUGAACCACAUAAAAAAAGAUAAUAAAGAACUACACGAGAAAGGCUAAUUGUUUUAAGAAGUGCAUCAGUAAUGUUUGAUUUAGAUGAAUAAGAUUCUUAAAAAGAUCCAUUUGUUCCUUAUAGCUAUAAUCCUAAUCCUUUAGAAUUAAGAGUUGAAACCAAAGAGAGUAAUACGAAAUAUGAUUAAAAAUCUGUUUCAUUUAAUAGAGAUAGUCAAAAAUAAAAUAUUAAGAAACACUCAAGAAAUUUGUCAUUUUAAUUGUAUCCUCUGUCUUUGAAAGAUGUCACACUUGGAAAAUGGGAUCAUGAAUAAAAAUAAGAUCAAUUUCAAAUAGAGAAGUAUUUAAAAUAUCAUAAUUUAAUAGUUUAAUAAAAGAUGAACCAUUUUGUUAUAAUCUACUCUAAUUUUUAUCAAUUAUUAUAUAGCAAUUAAUAUUAGGAGAUCAUAAAUUCAUUUCAAAAACUCAUUUUAUGAAUAAUAGAUAAUAGUUGUUAGGAAUCAUAUUGCUUGAUGAAAAUAGUAAAGUCUUUGAUAAUCUAAUGAAAGUAAUAUUAAUUAUUAUCAUCAGAUAUACUUAUUUAAAAUUAAAUUAAUACCAUAUGUAAAAGAGAAUAGCGCUGUCUUAUGUGGUUAGUUAGUAAAUCUAAUUAUAAAGAAAAAGCCUGAAUACAUGAACUUUUAGGACAACGCAUAAACUUAUAUUGAUUAUUUGUGUAAAGUUAUUAUCAACUCUAUAUAAUGGAAAACUUCAACAACUUAAGUUAUUGAAUUGGAUAUAAGUAAAACUCUAUUAUGUGAGACACUAUAUUUAUUGAUUGAAUAUGGGAUAAGCAGAGGAUAGAUCUAAUUACUAAAUAGGAUAACUGCUACAACUUGGAGUUGCCUAAUUGAAAUAUGUAAAUAAUGUUUCCCUAUUCGACCUAAUCAAACAUUUUAAGGGAUAUUUAUUAAAUUACUAAAAUUAAAUUUGGAAUUUGGAUCAGAAUUUAAUAUUCAUACAAUAUUUAUGAAAUUGAAUUUAUUAAGUGUUAUUAAAUAAUUGGCAGAAUUAACAUAAUCAAAUUCUGUGUAAAAUAAGAAAUUUAAUUAUUUAAAUGAAUUUAUAAAGUAAAUUUGUAAUUUAAUAUCUAAUCUAAUUGGUAAAUAAUAAACAAAAGAAUGCUUUAAAGUUAUUUAAAAUCUUGAUUCAUGGAAUUAACUUAAAUAGUAAUAUAAAAUUACUAAUCAUAAUCAUGCAAAUAGUUUUUAUAGUGUAGAUUCGAGAAUAAUUAAUAAUUCAACUCCAGCAACAAGUUAAAGCUUUACAAAAAUCAGAAUUCGAAAAUCUGCUCAUUCAUAAGCAUCAAAAGAAUGA